AUGAUCGUGAUGGACGUAGAUGAAGAAGUCACAGGAGAUGUAGAGAACAUUGAAGAACUCGUCACUGUAGAAGAAUCGAUCGAUGGUGAACAUGCGGUGGAGAUUGACGAGGAAGAAGAACGGAUUGGUGAUGUGAAAGAUGAUUUGGUGAGGGAGAUCAUAACCAUAGUUGAGUUUUUGGAUCAGAUUAACGACUAUAGACGAACACAACAAAAAGAAUGUUUCAACCUCGUUAGAAGAUUGAAAAUUCUUGUUCCAUUUAUGGAUGAGAUUCGAGGUUUUGAAUAUCCUUCGCCAGAAAGUUGCAUGCACUUUCUCUAUCGUUUGAGGAAAGUGAUUCUAGUUGCUAGAAAAUUGUUGGAAACUUGCAACAAUGGCAGCAAAAUAUAUUUGGCAUUGGAUAGCGAAUCGAUAAUGACAAGAUUUCAUUCAAUUUAUGAAAAGCUGAAUCGUGUUCUAGUUAAAACUCCUUUUGAUGAGUUGAGGAUUUCUGAUGAAGUAAAAGAUGAGAUUGAUUCAUUAUGUAAGCAAUUAAAAAGAGCAAAGAGAAGGACAGACACACAAGACAUAGAGCUCGCAGUAGACAUGAUGGUGGUCUUCUCAAAAACUGAUCCUCGAAAUUCGGAUAGCGCUAUUAUAGAAAGGCUUGCAAAAAAACUUGAGCUACAAACAAUGGAGGAUUUAAAGACAGAAGCCAUAGCCAUAAAAAAACUAAUCCAAGAAAAAGGUGGGUUAAGCAUAGAGACUAAACAACAUAUCAUUGAGCUGCUUUACAAGUUCAAGAAGCUUCAAGGUGUUGAAGCUACCGACAUUCUCUACGAACCAGUUAUCAAUAAAUCAUUCACCAAGUCCACAUCUCUAAUACUACCUCACGAGUUUUUGUGUCCAAUCACAUUGGAAAUAAUGCUAGACCCGGUUAUCAUCGCUACAGGACAGACAUAUGAAAAGGAUAGUAUACAGAAGUGGUUUGAUGCGGGGCAUAAGACUUGUCCAAAAACCAGACAGACGUUAGAUCAUCUCUCUCUUGCGCCAAAUUAUGCCUUGAAGAACUUAAUUUUGCAGUGGUGUGAGAAGAACAAGUUCAAGCUUCCAGGAAAAGAAAUAUCUUCACAUUCGGAAUAUGACUUGGAAAAACAGAAAGAUGAGGUACCUUUGCUGGUGGAAGCAUUAUCGUCAAGCCAAUUGGAAGAACAAAGAAAAUCUGUGAAGCAGAUGCGUUUGCUUGCUAGAGAAAAUCCAGAGAACCGAGUUUUAAUAGCUAAUGCAGGAGGUAUCCCUUUAUUAGUUCAACUCCUUUCUUACCCUGAUUCGGGGAUCCAAGAGAAUGCGGUUACAACUUUGUUGAAUCUAUCUAUUGAUGAGGUCAACAAGAAACUCAUCUCAAAUGAAGGAGCCAUUCCAAGUAUUAUUGAAAUUCUUCAAAACGGAAACAGAGAGGCAAGAGAAAACUCUGCUGCAGCAUUGUUUAGUUUAUCGAUGCUUGACGAGAACAAAGUAACAAUCGGAUUAUCAAAUGGGAUCCCACCAUUGGUCGAAUUACUACAAAAUGGGACAUUAAGAGGGAAGAAAGAUGCUCUCACUGCACUCUUUAACUUAUCCCUUAAUUCAGCUAAUAAAGGGAGAGCCAUUGAUGCUGGUAUCGUUCAACCGUUGCUACAACUUUUGAAAGACAGAAACUUAGGAAUGAUCGAUGAAGCACUUUCGAUUCUGUUGCUUCUUGCAUCACACCCUGAGGGACGUCAAACCAUUGGACAACUGUCGUUCAUUGAAACUCUAGUGGAAUUCAUCAGAGAAGGCACACCAAAGAAUAAAGAGUGUGCAACCUCGGUGCUACUUGAACUAGGCUCUAACAACUCAUCUUUUAUUCUGGCUGCACUUCAGUUUGGAGUCUAUGAACAUCUUGUAGAAAUAGCCAGCUCAGGAACAAACAGAGCUCAAAGGAAAGCAAAUGCACUUAUACAACUCAUAAGCAAAUCCGAACAAAUUUAG